CCACCAGCUCCGUAUUGUCGCUAUAUGGCAAGCUACUAUAUAUAUAUGGACUACCCAGGCCUAGAGCCAGCCUCGGAGGACUUAUUUUUUUAGAACAGGCGAAAAUCAAUGCGCGCGUGGAUGUCAUCCAUAAAAUUAAGCCGGUGUGGCCUUAGAAAGCAAACAAAGCAAGGCCGGGUCGGGGCAGGUGGACGCACGUCUACCCGGCCUGUGCCUGUCACACUCGGGACAGUGUACUGGGAGAGAAGACCCGAGAACUUCAACUUGCAGAAACAUGCUGUCCUUUCUGGCUCUCCUUUUGACGUGCCAUGUGGCCCAUGGAGCAGAAGUGUGCUAUGGCGACCUGGGCUGUUUCUCUAACAUCGCCCCGUUCUGGGGACUGAACCGGCCGCUGUCGGCUCUGCCUGACGCCCCUGACGUCAUCGGGACCAAGUUCUACCUGUACACCCGCGCUAACCCAACUAUGGCGCUCAGGGAACGUUUGGUUGCCGGCUCGCUCUCCACGUUUUCGGCAUCGCACUUCAGCACGGCCAGGCCGAAUAUGAUGAUCAUCCACGGGUUUACCCACAGUGCACAGCACGACUGGGUCCAGGUCAUGGUAGAUGAACUGCUGAAGAAGGAAGACGCUAAUGUGAUCACGGUGGAGUGGUCAGAAGGAGCAGAGCUGACGGGGUCUUACGAACAAGCCGUGGCCAACACCCGGGUGGUGGGAGCGCAGGUCGCCGAGCUCGUCAACUACAUGGGGACGUACGACGUGUCCGGGCCGGAGUCUCUGUCGGGGCAGAACUUCCACCUCAUCGGCCACAGUCUGGGCGCGCAGAUCGCAGGGUAUGCCGGGGACAUUCUGGGCAACCUUGCGAGGAUCACGGCUCUUGAUGCCGCCGAGCCGUACUUUGACGGGAUGGACGCCGUGGUCAGGCUGGACCCGACCGACGCUCGCUUCGUGGACGUCAUCCACACCGACGGGUCCCCGUUCAUCGGUACGCUGGGGAUGGGGACUAACCUCCCCAUCGGCCACGUGGACUUCUACCCGAACAACGGCAUGUACCAGCCCGGAUGUAACGACAACGUCGUGUCAACAGUGGUCGCUACCGGAGUCGGGCUGCUCACGGAUGGAUAUGACGGUGCUGAGGCAGCUUUGGCAUGUAGUCACCUGAAGGCCCUCGACUUCUUCACCGAGUCCAUCAACUCAGAAUGUCCCUUCACGGCCUACCCCUGCGACAGCUAUGACAAGUUCACCCAGGGCUUCUGUCUGAGCUGUCCUAGCGCCAGUAGCUGUUCCCAGAUCGGGGUUCGCGCUAGGGACCACUACGGCGCCCGGGGGUCCAUGUACCUGAUGACCACCGACGGAGCCAACGGAAAAUACUGCGCUUACCACUACAAGGUGCAGGUGACGUCAUCCAGUCCGAUGGCGGCGGCUGCCGGCCGGAUAUACGUCACGUUCCAGGGUCCGAGCGGCAUCACGGACUCCAUGGAGGUCACCACUGACAACAUGGCGCUGAACGCGGGUGUGACGUACCAGAAGACUGUGAUCAGUCCGGAGCAGAUCGGUGACGUCACAACGGUUCACGUCCGGUUCGCCCGGUCCAGCAGUCUGUGGGACAUCUUCGCCGCCCAGUACUACACCCUCAACAAGGUCACCAUUACAGCAGGGGAGACUCAGACUGGCUACCGAUUCUGCGCGGGUGACUCCCAGAUCAGAAACGGGGAGACCGUGACACUGACCGCUUCAGGAGGGGAGUGUUGAGAAAACGUCUUCGGUCACAAAAAUACAGAAAA